CCUGGUGUGGGGAGCAGGAGGCGAACGAGGAGCCGGUGCGCAGGCGCAGUGGUCCGGCGGUAGGCAGUGUGUUUCCAAAAUGGCGGCAGCGAUGGAUGUGGAUACCCCCAGCGGCACCAACAGCGGCGCGGGCAAGAAGCGCUUUGAAGUGAAAAAGUGGAACGCAGUAGCCCUCUGGGCCUGGGAUAUCGUGGUUGAUAACUGUGCCAUCUGCAGGAACCACAUUAUGGAUCUUUGCAUUGAAUGUCAGGCCAACCAGGCAUCUGCUACCUCCGAAGAGUGUACUGUCGCGUGGGGCGUCUGUAAUCAUGCCUUUCAUUUCCACUGCAUCUCCCGAUGGCUCAAAACGAGGCAGGUGUGUCCGUUGGACAACAGAGAGUGGGAAUUCCAAAAGUAUGGGCACUAGAAAAGACUCUCCCUAAAGUUUACCUGUUUGUUACUCGUGUGGUGACUUGCCUUCCUGUUAAUUAUAAAUUAGAUAGAGCCGUGGUUUUUUUUUCUUUCCUUUGUCUUGGGAGUUUGCUGUUUCCACAGCCAUAUUGUAUGUUGUGUCAAAUAAAGUUAAGUUCCAGAAUGGUUGCUGUCUUUGUAUGUGGAAAGAGUGACCUGAGAAGGGGCAUCUUCAAUGCCAGAAACAACCUCCAAGAGUGCACUGUUCCUCACCAGAACAGAGCUGUCCUACCGGGCAUCACAGGGGCACACCCAAGGAGCCUGUUUAAAGUCUGGAAGUGUGGGUCACUUGUCUUCCUUCUGAGAUAGCACUGGGCAGCUGAAUGAGGAAGUGACAGCCUUGGACCAGCCAGGUCUGCUCUGGGCCUUCAUCUCUCACGAGGGAGCCUAAGAAUGAGUAAUUGGGCUUUGUAAGCUCUAAAACACUGCAGUUCUAAUUUGUGUGCCUGUGGGUAUCGUUCAAUAGUAGGGUGUUUGCCCAAAGCCCUGGGUUCAAUUGUGGGCCUAAAUAAGU